UGGUAUUCGUCAGCGGCUGCAAAUUGAGUAUUAUAUUAAAGCAUCGUGAGAGUAUCUUAUCUUUGAUCGAGAGCCUCGAACGCGAACCAUUCUCGCCGAUGAACGACGAAGAAGAGAAAAUUCAAAUGAAAUUUAACAGAACGAACGAACGAAUUGCGAUUUGUUACACGAUUCUGGUGGAGGUGGCUGCGAUAUGGAUAUUCGUAAGAGCGUUCCUCACGGACUUCAAGAAGAGAAAACUAGUCUUUCGAGCUUGGUUACCGUACGAUUAUUCGGAACUGUUGCCAUACACGUUCAGUUACACUUACGAAGUUGCCACUUCGUUGCUGUGCUCUUGUCAAAACGUUGCUAGCGACACGCUGUUCGCUGGCUUGCUGAUUCAAAUUAACGGCCAGUUCGAAAUACUCGAGGAACGUCUGAGAAACAUCGAGGAGGACUCGAAUUAUUCGGCGAAGCAGUGCGUCAAACAUUAUCAACAAAUUUACAAAUUCUCUAAAACGGUGAACGAGAAAUUCAAAAUAAUACUUUUCUUGCAAUUUUGUACGAUCGCAUUUACGCUAUGCUUUAAUCUCUACCGAAUGACCAACAUAACGAUGCUUUCUAAAUUUCUGGAGGCGUCGCUUUUCCUAAUUCGCAUUAUAGCGCAGAUACUGUAUUAUUGUUGGUUCAGUAACGAAGUGAAAUUGAAGAGCCUUCAAGUGCCUUCCAUGAUAUUUAAGAGUAAUUGGGCAUCGUGGGAUACGAAAACAAAGAAGAUUCUCUUAGUGAUCAUGACACGAGCGACACAUCCUAUAGAAUUUACGAGUGGCUACCUGGUAACAUUGAAUCUCGAUUCUUUCGUAGCGCUGAUGAAAACAUCAUACUCAGUUUUUAACUUGUUGCAACAAACUAAAUGCUUAGUGUUAGGGCGAAAAACUAUCAUAAAUAUGUUGGAUCUACUCAAGAAGAAGCCCUUUGUGCCAGAGAACAAUGGGGAAGGAGAAAUUCACGCCAGAUACAAUAAUCUAAUCGAAAAAGUCGCUGUGGGUUAUACGAUCCAAGUCAUAUUUUGUGUGUUUUCUUUAUUAGGAACGACAUUGAUGGGUGAUUUUCAAUCGAAAAAAUUAAUGUUCCGCGCUUGGUUUCCUUUCGACAUCACCGCCUCCUGGUUUGCGUUUUGUAUGACGUUCCUCUAUCAGUUCGUGGGUUUAGUGAUCGUAUCUAAUGGUGUCUGUAUUUUCGACACGUUAUUCGCCGGCCUGUUGCUUCACAUCUGUUGUCAACUUGAAAUGCUGGUUUAUCGCUUGCACAAUAUCGAAGGGAAUGAAAUUCAAUCGUUAAAACACUGCGUUUGGCACCACAAUAAAAUAUUUAGGUUCGCCGAUAUAGUAAACAAUUUUUUUAACAAAUUAAUGUUCGUGCAAUUUGUGGAAAGCGCAAUCUCGAUAUGCUUUACCCUUUAUCUACUAACAGACAUAGAAGACACUGCGCAAUUAAUAGGAUGGUCUUCGUUCAUGUUUGCCGCAAUAUUUCAAACGUUUUACUUUUGUUGGUUCGGAGAUGUAGCGAAAGUAAAGAGCCUCGAUAUUUCUAAUAUGGUAUAUAAUAGCGAUUGGCCAAAUUUGAGCAACGACGCCAGGAAGAUGCUUGUGGUAAUCAUGGCACGUUCAUUGACCCCUGUUGAGAUUACAAGUGCCUAUAUUCUACCCAUGAACUUGGAAUCUUUCAAAGGUUUGAUGAAAGUUGCUUACUCGGCGUACAACAUGCUGCUACAGAGUAAGUCAGCGGAGUAGAACACAUGUGGAGAAUAAGUUGUAUUAGUUCCUUCGUCACACAAUGGAAGAAUUAGAAUAGAGACAAUAGAAAACGAAUUAUUGAAACAGCGCAGUAAAUUAUGUACAAAUUGUGCAAACACAAUAAAUUUCAAACUCCAGUGAGAUCCGGAUAGUGCUUCCCACGGAAGGACAAUGAUUAUGCAAGGUUUUCUUUGUUAUAAUAUUCGUUCAUGGACUAUAUUUUCACAGCACACGAUUAUUUUCACCAUGAGUUGCUACUUGUCAGUUUGUUACAGAAACCUGGCGAUCUACUGCGAAAUCCUGAACGAAUCGACAGUGUUUUUGCGAUCGUAGGACUAUAUAAUAAUCUGAUAACAUUGAAGGAAUUGUUCAACUGGAUACCACACGAUUUAUUCUCCCACAAUCUCUACACGAUUUCCUGAUGUAUCAAAUAAUCGGUAUGUUGACAUGUUCAAACAAAUGAUUAGGAAAUGAUGUUAUUAUAUUUUGCGAUUCUUGCGAUACUAUCCAAUAAUAUUUGAAAUGGAUGGUUAUUUUUAGAACUUAAAGAAAUAGAAAAUGAUACUACUAAAAAAAUAUAAUAAAAAAAAUGCACUAUAUUUGAGUACUA